GUGAAAAAUAGAGAAAAGAUUCUGCGACCUAAAAGUGUAGCCAAAUGAAUAAUCUCCACAAGCAGAGCCUCCAAUAUUACUAAGCUCUUCUUUACGACGCCUCCGUAUACAACAUUUAGAAUGCUGGGUCGAACAGAGCUUCUGAUUGGUCGAAAGUCUACUUCGAGGAAACGGGUGAUAGGUUGAGCAAAAGGGGCGGGGCUUAUCCCACCACCUGCGACUUUGACCAGCUGUGUGUUGUAAAGUACCUGUUACGGUUUGUGUGUGUGUAUGUGGUGUAAGACUUGCGCGACUCUUCCUCCCAAAUUGCACUGGAAGGCAAGCCAGUAGGCGGGAGGGUUUGCUAUGGCAGUGAUCCGUUACACACGGGCCGUUAAAACCACGCUAAGCCUCAGGGGAUUUUCAUCAGUCGCUCUUCGGUAACACAACACUAAAAAAAGUGGUUGGACCUCAUGUGAGCUGUGCGUGCUGUUCCCUCUCUCCACUACAGCUCUGAGACCUGGUAUCAGUGUAGUACCUCAUAACACAUACAGCCACCAUCUGGGGUGGGAGUGGACCUGAAGAGAGUGAGGAGGGGUGUUGACAAUCUACAACUUCAUUCCAGCUUCGCGAAUUGAUUGGACUGGACACUGGCUCAAACCACGGGAGGACACUUGUAGAUACAUACUUCAAGUUUACUUUGACAGUGAUAUUGAAGAGGACGAUGUGAAACUUGGUACUUCUGUCUGUGGACUUCAAACCGAUCACAUCUCCCUCUCUAGCCAGUCUAGAUGGGCGUACCUCGAUGUUUAUCUUCCAAAGCUGUACAAGAUAUCUAUGGAUUGAAGUUGGACAAUUCAUCUCAAGUCUUCUGUUGACAUACCCACUCAACGCCUCCUUUUCGAUAAUAUUUACUCAGAUUUGAAGUUUGGAAUUGAGAACCGAUUGUUACUGUGAGUUUUUAUUGUGCAGACAUUUCGUGAAGUCUUCUGACGUCGUUUGUAUAGUUUGACAGUGAUUUUUUUUUUUAAUAGCUGUGAAGGACUGAUUUUGGCUGCCCAUCGGAGCGCAAUGGCGGAGUCCGCCGACGGUUGCGGUACCUUCAAUGAUGUCGAUGCUUUAGCUAUGGAAUAUAUCAGAAACUUUGACUUGAGCCUCUGGCAGCUUGGGGCAGCGCUGAAACGUGAACCCGAUAUGGAUUGCGACGGUGAUCAGACCAUGUGUGAGGUAUUCACGCUCGCCCAGGCUCAGGGGCAGCUUCAGCGGUGUUCGACGUACCCCGAGUUGGGACCGGCUGAACAGGAGUUCAUCAUUCAACACAGCCAGGGCCAUGGCCCGCGUAGCAUGAGCAGCAGCAGUAGUAUAAGCAGUACGAGCAGUGAUGACUGGAACACUAAAUUACCCUCAUCGGGGCUGUGCUCGCCCGAUAACUACACGAACACCAUGGCUCCUAUGGUCGAACUAGUCCAGCCACCUUGCCCGAGCGCGUUAGCAGCGACCGCCAACACAAUCAACAUGUCCAGCUGCAUGCCUGGUACUGUCAUGCCCAUCUCGCCUUGCCUCACCAACAGUGUGCCACCCAGUCCAGUAGAACUCAAGCCACUCGAAAUACACUGGGUGCCCACGGACAAUAACAAACCUAAAACACGAAACAGGAAGGAAAAGACUGUGCUGCCGAAAAGAGAGCCGAUUAAAAUGCGAAUGGGCUCUAUCAACGAAAGCGACGACGACGAAGACGAAGAUAGCGAUGACGAGGACGACAAUAGUGAUCGCGACAGUACGAGUGGAAGUAGCAUUGGAGGGGAUGCAGACAUGCUGGAUAUACCUAAGGAGGACAUUUUCAAUAUAUUCACCGACGAGGAGCUCGUCCACCUCAGCGUGAGGGAACUCAAUCGACGACUUCGAGGCUACCGAAAAGACGACGUCGUGCGGUUGAAACAGAAGCGACGCACGCUGAAGAACCGUGGCUACGCGCAGAGCUGUCGGACGAAGCGUCUCAAGCAGCGACUCGACCUGGAGAAUGAGCAGCUAUAUCUGAGGACGGAGCUGUCGAGAUUGAAAAGCCAGCUUUCCAUCGCCUCCCAGGAGCGUGACCACUACCGCAGACAGCUAGAGAACUUCCGAGUGAGCAUGCAGGGAGCAGUGGUCCCGGAGAGUCCUGACUCUGCCGAGUUCUAUCUGUGACCAAUUUCAAAUUGCCAUGUUUGUCUGUAAUGCCAACUCAGAAUUUCCAGUAAAAACUAAAAGAAACAGAAAACUUGAACAAAUACUGGAGAAACAUGAGAAAAAUGAUUUAAUUGAAACCAAGUUAUCUUGAAGAAAUUAGAAGUAUAAAAUGUUAAUGUCAUUAGAAUAAUUUGUCAUGCUUGUCACAAAAUGUUAUUCUUUUUAUAGUUUUGAAAAUCGUAAACAUGUUAGAAUAGGUAGGAGAUGACGCAAUUCGAAAAUUUGAAGGCAGUCACGACGAGUUACAAGUGUUGAGGUUAUUCAAUCGUGCGAACGUUAAUUUUCUUUAUUACAGGUUGUUUAUGUAAAAUUAUUCAAAGAAAUCCAAUUAUCCAUGUUCUCAUGCAAGCAUUCCACUGUACGUGCCUGAAGUUGAGCCAGAUACAUUCCCGAAUCGAGUGCUUGUAACUUCCUCGACACCUGUUAUACAUCUACCCUAACCACUACUCUUCCAGUUAUACAAGGAGAGGAGGUGAACAAAAAUUGGGGAAAAAACUACAUUCCUCCUAAAUCACCUUUCCAUGUUUGGUGUUCUGAGGCUAGAAGAGCCCUUCGUGUUUUGUCAGAAGGCUCAGAGAGGGGGAUUUUUCAAUAUCAAAGUGUAAUCCACGCGACUCCAAUAUUGAACCAAUCUGUUUCACACAUGAAGUAAGCUUCGUGCGGGGAUGUUAUCACUUUUCAAGACAUGUUGUACUCAAGAAGGGUAUGUGUACCUUGCGAAUGACUGUCCUGAAAACUCCCGAUACUAACCAUUCACCUAUAUUUUUCGGGGUGUCGUAUUUAAGGUGUGUAAUGGUCUAGUUAAAUCAAACUUUUCACUCUGAUUUCAAGUUUUUUAUUCGAAGAGACAGGUACUGUGAAGAUUUAAAAGUGUCGGGUUAUUGUUUGUAUUUUGACAAGACAAUUAUGAUGGUUCCCGCUAUGACUAUGUGAAUAUGCUUUUCCUACUUGGUUGCUAGAGUAUUUCCAUACUCUAUCUAUCUAUGCACCGUGCCUUUGUUUUAUCUUUGUAUAUAGGGAGUUCAGUCUACGUAUAAGGUCAGUCAUAGCUGGAUCAACAAAGUUCGAUUGUCGAAAUACAAACAAAACCUUGGUGUAUGCCAGAAAUAUCCGGAUAACACUCGCUCAUCCCUCUGCCGCGAAGGACGGGUGCAAAGUACAGAAUCGGGAUUCGAUUAUCCUGUAAGUUUACCCCUGAACUAAAGCAUUAAAAAUAAUGGCAGAGGUAAAAUCAUACGAUUACAGACGUAAUCCUGACUGAGAAUCCCUAAAUGUUGAACAAGUAUUAUCUUGAUAUUGAUAGUUUGGUAAUGAAUGAAAAACUAACGCGUUAAUCAUUCUGUAUUUAUUUUUUAUUUAAAAAAUUCAACUGAAUAUUGAUUGAAAGUUUCCUUCAUCUCGUGUAGACGAUUACAAAAUGUGAAAUUUUUAUUUAAAAGUAAAAUCGUAAUAGCUAUGAUUUCUAUCAUGAUAUUUGUAUACACAAUUUCAUUGAGAACGAAGGUCUAGACUAGUUCUAGACAAAAAAAUAAUGUCAAAAAAUAAUGUGAAAUGUAAAUGUAAUUUUCAGAUGCUUCAUUCGUCCAACUUGUGUUGGUGAUUACAAAUUACAUUCCUUUUCAUAUUACUGAUCUAAAACUAUACUAAACUCGGAUAAACAAAUAGCCUCAAAUAACUUGGGUAUGUUCAUGUAACCAGUGACAUGUACUAACUUCUAAAGAGGGCAAACUUAAUCUAUGCAAAUAUGUGAUGUUUUCUUGCUUUUGUGUGUAUAGAACUUAGGGAUAUUACCUGGGGUCAAAGAGUCAAAACGACUAAAGUUGAGUACUGACACUGACGCUAGGAGGGUUCUAAUGUAAGCGUAUGUGAAUACACACUGAAAGCAAAAUCUAGUGUGAUAACUCCUUGGUAUUAUUAACGAUUUUACGACUACAUUCUCUUUGAAACAUUUUGGGAUGUGCGCGAGACUACCCAUCGAAAUGUUAUACUCAUUAAUCAACCGAAACGUUUUUGGGGUACCGUUGCGACUUGCGAUGAAAAAGAUCUUUAAAAGUUUGGAGAAACAUACAUUGAAUUCGGAAGAUGGUGGUCAUUUUGUCUUGUUGAAAAGAUUUGCUUUUGCUCUCAUGCACGCAUUUGUUGAAGAAUUUGAAAAUGUUUCGGAUUUGUGUAUAUCUAAAUGUUGAUUUCAUUGUUGAUAUUUUUACUUUCGAGCUUAUUCCAGAGUAGCAAGUAGAUGUUAGGUCUUGAUUUUGUGUUGUUGCUUAACUGACUAGAUUACAGACAAACAAAUUAUAUAUAGUUUUCUAUUUUUUUGUAGGUUAGUCAAGUUUACGUUUAGUGGAAUCGAGUUAUGCAUUAUGAAAGAUUUUGUAAAGAUAUAUGAAAGAAAUUUAUGGCUAUUCCUGAAGUGGAAUUGUACAGUUUCAAAGUUUUUAUUCUGCAGUGAGAGAAAGGUUACAGUCUGUUUUUGUAAACCUAUUUUAGUCACUCCAACUAUUGUUAUAUAUUAUGAUGAUGGGUUAAUCUCGAUAGAGGCGUGCCAAAGCUAGGCCGCUAUUUAUCGGUAUGACGUCACUCGAGAGAUAUAUGGAAAAGGUCUUUUUUUUAAUGAUUUAUCAGUACUAUAUAUAAAAAGAAACACAUUUGAACUGAGCAUGAUCUCUAAAAGUGAACCAAAAUGAUCUAAAUCCAUUGCUAGUUGGUAUUGUUAUCAAACAGGAGCCAUCAAUCUUAUCGAAUUUCUCCUUUUUUUUUGCUCGGCGCAAUGGAAUCGAGAGUAGGACACGGAUUAGUGCGUCCCUCUGAACUUCCUUAUUGCUUCCGAGUUCAGACGUUUCUUUAAUUCUCACGAGGAAAACACAUUAUUCACGGUGUGCAAUCCUACGGGAGAUUGCCCAGUGGUUAACCCAGGUUGUCAAUAAAGAUACAGGAAUACGUAAUCAGUUAGUGCGCGAGCUUUUACGAAUUAUAAACGAUAACAAAAAUGUGCCGAGUUAACUUAUCGAGCCAAGUGCAUGCGUUCCAAUUUCAAGCUUCAAGCCCUUUUUUUUCUUCGGGUUAUUCAUGUUUCUUUAAAAAAAAAUGGCUGUUUUGUUUUUUUAUUGGAAAAGGUUACUAUUUCAGUUAUCACUCCAUGAAAUCAAAAGUUAUCAUCGUUGUAAUGGACCUGUCAUUCUGUACACAUACAUCAGUUUGUGUAACUCUCAUUUUGCGCUUCAUGGUUCAACAUUAGAUGAUUACCGCUAUCACAUAAUUAUUGACCUAAAUUGGGAGAGCACAACAGUGGCACAAUGAAAAUGUUUCGAUGUGGGCAGCUACACUAAAUUUGUUUACAUGUUCAUAGAUAAGAGCAGGGGAGUUCCAAACUCUUUCUUAAUAUCGCGGUAUGUUUAUAAAUUGACUCGAGAGAAGAAAGAAAAGUCCAUACCAGAUAUUGUUUCGUAGUAAUCAUAUGCAAUCAUGAUUUUCUAACGGGAUUUCCUUCCGAGCAGUUAUGACUCUAUUUUAUGACUGUUCAUGGUCGUCUAGGGGCUUCUCCGCCUUCAAACACCCCCCCCCCCCCCCCCCCCCUCCCCUCCCACCUUGGAUAAUUCUCUCCACCGUCUAUGGAUGGCGGUUCCCAAGGUCUAUCACCCAUCUUGUUGCUUGGCUGUAACGACCGACGACUAAGCGCUGCUCUGAUUGGCCAGCAGCUCCGCGUGACCCGCUGAUAAAGGUCAAAUCGCUCCAACUUCUGACAAAUUAGAUUAGGGCGUCGGUGUCGCUGAAAUGCGAACCAACUGUUCUCGGUCGUUCGGGUGGGAGAAUGGCAUUGUUUAGUUCAUGGGAUAAUGUUUUCCUCCAAGAGUUAGGCUCACUUAUACCUCGAGAACGUCAAAUUUAGACAUUCGUUCAAAUCAUCUCAUUUCUUUUGUCGGCGGUCAGUAUUUGACCUUAGUUACUACUGCCAACCUCAAGUUAUAUGACCGUAUAUCGUUAUAUUUUGAUAACUUGUACUCCUGUUUUCAUCGCACCUCUGAAACCCCAAUAGCCAGGCGUCUUAAUCGUUCAUCGGUUGUUUGUAUCUGUUUCUGUAGAAUGUGGAUAUGACAACUAUGAAUAUUAUGUUGAGAAGUCUUGGUGAAGUGUUCAAUGGUUCCACUGGGUUCCUUUGAACAUUUGUGGAGGGAAUGUAAUCUUAUAUAUUUUUUUGAUAACAUUUUAACGGUAUUUGUUACCUUUUCGUUAUUGAAAAAAAUGAAAUGCAAAUUUUACUACGACCUCCCCUGGUAGUGUAAAUUCCCACCUCGGCAGGGGUCACGUGUUUUUUUUUUCUUCUUUUGUUCUUCUACUUUUUGCUUCGUACCUCGACUUCUAUAUCCUUUUUUUUACCGGGUUUUGUGGUCAGCUACAUAUUGUACAAAACUUCACGGUUAAUUGGAUAAUCAUGUGAUAUUAGGAACACGUGACUUAGAGUAUUAGGAGUGAUAAUUGCAAAAAGAACAUUUUAUUUCACACAAGUCAAACAAGUUUUGUGGGGGUUUCUGUUUAUAUUCGUCGCUUGUCGUGACAGGAAUGAAUGCUCCGGCAUGAAUGAAACUAGUUUGACGUUUGCUUGAUACUUUAUGGAAGAAAUACCAUAAAAUGGGUAAAUCACCCGUAAAAUAAGCUGACAAUACCUUGUUACUUUGUAUUGAAUUCUCUCGGAAAUGCACCCCGAUUUGUAUUAAUCGUAAAUCCAUGCUUUUAUUGUUAAUCGUAUCUAGGCCUAAUUGUGUCGGAAAUUGCUCAAUGAUGUUUAACUUUGUAACACAAUAGUAUUUAAUAAACACAGAUACUCGAAGUUCAAGAGUUUAUUAUACUCAAUCUCUCUUGCAUGAAAUAGAUGACCCAAAUUAAUUGAAGCGUACAAAAACCCAGUAAAUCAGGAGUUAAAUGAAGCGCUAGAAGCGACGGGACAGCUUGAAUGAUUUUCAGGUCAUCUGUCUACUAAACUUAACUAUAUCUAAUUUUAGACAAUUUAGAUUUUAAUCGACAAUAAAAGGUGAACGUUUUUACACUGUAUUGAUCGUGAUUUAUCACAAUGCUGCAGUCCCCGAAAUCUUUCAGAAUUGUUGUAUUACAAUAUGCCUUGAUGAUCUUGCUUAUCCUCAUUCGAAUAUAGGAGCGUUGUUAAUUUAUUGUUGUGAUAAAAGAAAUGAAGAAAACUAGUCUUCCAUGAGUAUGAUGUCACGUUUGAUCUUUUAUUGUUUUAAUUGUAUAUGAAGAAGGAUGCUUACCAGGCAUGCACCACAGUGUACUGUAAGCGGUUCUUUGCUUUGAAUGAAUUCAGCCAUACUGAUUCAAUCGGAGAGCAAAGAUGGAAAAACAAAAAUUCAUGGUGCCUUAUAUAUUUCAGAUUUAUUCCUUUUUUUCUCUCUCUCUUGGAUCCGUCGAUAUGCAAAUGAGUUAUUUGACAAUACAUUGUUCUGAUUUAGUGUUGUAUGUUUCUUUCUUUCCUUUUCUCAGAAAGAUUGAAAAGAUCUUUUGCCACUCGCUGAAGUUCAAGGAACUGUCAUAGUAUAUUUAUACAUGUACUUUGAUUGUGGAUCGAUAUAUUAUCGUCUCAAAUCUUCUUUAUUUUUGUAUGAAAAUCUUGAUUCUUAAAGAUUUUCCCUUGAGUUUUGACGACGAAUGUCCAUUCUUGUUCAAUUGCAAUUUGCAAAAGUACCUAACAUUUUGUUCGUUUUCCAAAAUGUUUUUUUUUUAAACGUGAGCCCAUUCCGCCUUUUUUCGUUGGCUUCCAUAUUUCUGUCCAGAACUGAUCUUGUUGUAAUGAAAUAAUAAUAAAUCUAUUUUUCUUAUGUAUGCAAAGAAA